AGGUUAAAACCCAAAAUAAAAUUGAAGAGAUUCAAGAGAAAUAUAUUGAUUUAUAUUUUAAAUGAUAAUAUUUUAAGUUUAAGACCAAAAUAAAAUUGAAGAGAUUCAAGAGAAAUAUAUUGAUUUAUAAUUUUAAUGAAAAACUUUACUAAGGUGAAAACCAAAAUAAUAUUAAACAAAAAAUUAAGGUUAAAACCCAAAAUAAAAGUUUAAUAAAAAAUUCGUCCAUAUUGCCUUUUGUAGGAAAAAUAUUACAAUAAAUAUCAUCAACAAUGUCUUCCUCAUCAAGUGAUGAAGCGGAUGAAGUUUUUGAUGAAUUGGUCGAUGAAGUAGUUGAUAAUUUCAUCGAUACAAUAAUUGAUGGUCAAACCAACAAACCAAAGAGGCGAGCUUAUAUUGAAAGAGAUCGAGAACUAGGACACAUUCGACUAUGCAACGACUAUUUCAGUAAUAAUCCAACGUACACAGAAGAUAUGUUUAGGCGGCGGUUUCGAAUGAACAAGCCAUUGUUCCUUCGCAUUGUCGACCGUCUAAGUACUGAAGUUCCGUACUUUCAGCAAAGAAGAGAUGCUACCGGAAGGAACGGGCUAUCUCCACUUCAAAAGUGUACGGCAGCGAUACGUAUGCUCGCAUAUGGUCAGUCAGGAGAUACGUAUGACGAAUAUCUCCGGAUGGCUGACAGUACAUCACGUUUAUGUUUGGCAAAAUUCACUGAUGCAAUAAUACAAUUGUUUGGGGAUGAGUAUCUACGAACACCUACAGCCGAGGAUCUUCAGCGAUUACUCGAUAUUGGAGAGGUACGGGGAUUUCCGGGGAUGAUAGGCUCCAUCGACUGUAUGCACUGGGAGUGGAAAAACUGCCCAACAGCUUGGAAAGGUCAGUUCACACGUGGUUCGGGAAAGCCGACAAUUGUCUUAGAAGCCGUGGCAUCACAAGAUCUUUGGAUUUGGCACGCUUUUUUCGGCUUACCAGGUACCCUAAACGAUAUCAAUGUUCUUGAUCGGUCUCCAGUUUUUGAUGACAUCUUACAUGGUCGAGCCCCUAAAGUGAAGUUCAAGGUCAACAACCACACUUAUCGUAUGGCGUACUACCUUACCGACGGCAUUUAUCCUCCAUGGGCAACAUUUAUCCAAUCCAUCCCACUUCCUCAAGGUCGUAAAGCACAGAAAUUUGCAGAAAUGCAAGAAUCCGCCAGAAAAGAUGUCGAACGGGCUUUUGGAGUAUUGCAAUCGAGGUUUGCAAUUGUUAGGAACCCAGCUCUACAAUGGGACAAGGAAAGGAUAGGAAAAGUAAUGAUAGCUUGUGUCAUAUUGCACAAUAUGAUAGUAGAGGAUGAACGAGACGGAUACGCUCCAAUUGAUACAUCUGAGUUUGAGACAGGACAGUCUAGCAGAAGUUCGGAGGCGAGAAGCAGGGAUAGUGUUAAUGUCACCCCUGAUAUGUUAGCCAUGCGGAGAGAAGUUCGAGAUGGCGACAAGCAUCAUCGUUUGAAAGCUGAUUUAGUGGAAAAUAUUUGGCAAAUGUUUGGUGAUGAAGAUGAAUAAAUAAGUUAUGUAUGUUAGAAAAAUUUCUCAUUUAUGUAAUGUAUUUUUAAUGUAAUGAAUAAAAUGUUUUCAUAAUUUUAAUAAUAUGUUUUAAUAUUUUAUUCA